AUGUCGCCCGCCCUAUUCCUCCGGCUGGUGCAGUACUCGGUGCUGACGGGCGGUGUCGCUGUAGUUCCUGCGCUCACUCUGUGGUCGCCCCGUGUUGUUGUUGUGUCGGUGGCCGGUCCCUCCCGCAGCAUUGCUCACCGCGGCCCCGAUGAUCCGGCUGUCACAGGUAGGCCGAGCUGUGUGACCGGGGCGAGGGAGAGCCAUGGCAGCGGUAACCGCCAGGGCCCCGGUAACAGGCCAGGUGUGGGCCCUGCAGGCUGGGGCUAGGUGGGGAUAGCCAGGGAUGGCUGCCAAGGGUGAUGGACUAGGUCUCCUAUCAUGCCUUUAGAUGGAUGAGCAUCAUGGGAAUAGUAGUCUGCAAUCCUGGGAGUGCCAGCUGUGUCAGGGGGUCGGCAACAUGUCAUCCCAUCAUGCUCAGCCAGCCAGGGGCACAGUGACAGGACAGUGCUAGUGGGCAACCUGACAUUUCCUUUCUAGUCCAUGAUUUCUGGGGGUCUGGGAGAGGGGGGUGUGAUUAUAUAAAUACAUACUUUACUAGAAAUGAUUACUUCGCUGUGCUUUUUAUAAUGGAGAAUUUGUUGAAAAAACACAUCUUUGCAUCCCUAAUGUUUACCAACUGCAUUCCCUUUGAUGCUCUGACAACCUUGUGAUCAUGAGACAAAAUUAUAUUUUUUUGACUUUUUUUUUGUGUUCUUUGGGUGAGAGAGAGAUCAUUUGAGAGGAGCAUGAUGUCUAAGUAGGAGGUGGCAAUUAAUGUAAAACAUUUUAUACUUAAUUUUUUUUUUAACAUUUACAGUAUUGAUUAAUUGUAAGUUUCACUAAGAUGCACAUCUAGUGAUAAACAUUCCUAAAUAUUUAUUUAAAAUACGUUGGCAUCUGAUUUAAUUGGGCAGACUAGAUGGGCCGAAUGGUUCUUAUCUGCUGUCACAUUCUAUGUUUCUAUGAUACUGUAUAGCAUCCUGUCAAGUGCUGUCAAUGUGUGUUUCCUUUUGUAUAGGGUCAGUUUUAUGGGGUUUCUUUUUUUAUACACACUUCAGAAAUGUUGCUAUGAAUGGCUGGUGUUUGUUUCUAUGUGCCCCUAAAACCAGAUAGGAUCUGUUUUCUUGGACCUGUGAGAAUAAGUGAGUGGGGUCUGACUUGGCAUUUUCAGAAUAGGUGGGAGCUGGGCCUGCACCUGUAUGUCAAUGGAUGGGACAUAUAAAUACAUUUAUUUUUUAAUGAAAUACUUGUAGCAGGCUUUUUGUAGUGGUUAUGAUCAGAUGUCCGAUAUUGUGUAUUGUCUCUAUUUCUGAGCGGUUUGACAAAAAUUGGGCCUCUAUUAUCCAAAGUCAGAUCCCGCUGCAGUUUCACUUCCGCCUUAUAUGUCCAGCCUGCAAUGAUGGGCACUGCGUGCUUGGAAAGGUAUGAUAGGAAACUGUAAAUGGCACGGGGAGACCAAAUGCACUAUAGCCUCUACCAUGUCCUGUAAUGGUUGAAGCCCCCUCUCUGUUAAAGAGUUAUUCUAGGUACCAUAACAAUUUUAAGUCAUUGAUGCGUUUAUGGUGCCUGACAUUUCUGGACUCCAUCUCCCUUUUCAUUGUUAAACCAUUUCCAAAUAGUUUAACAGUGAAUCAGUCACAGGAUGCCCUCUGAUGGAAUGGCUAAAGAGGCGUUACACAAACGUUUGCUUUAUCAAAUCAUAAAAGCAAUAGUGGACAGUGAUACAUUGAGAGCACUCAGCUGAUGCUCCCAGAUUAUCACUGCCUGUUACAUUAUAUGAUUUGGUAUGGCUUAAGAAAUGAAUGCCCCAUUCUCCAGACACCAAAAAAACAUCCAUGAGUUGAAAUGGUUAUGGUGCUUAGAGCAUUCCUGUAAGACCCAAAACAAACAGAAUAUUUUUGCAACAUAGUUUCGAACAAAAUGCAUGUCUUUAUUAAUAUGGGGCUGAGGGCUAUGAUGCAUCUAGCAAAUGAAAACCUGUAGCAGUCAAUACAGCACAUACGUAGAACACACAACUUUCUAUGUGUUUGCAGUCUGGGAGAUAAAAGAAAACAUUAAAGGGGACUGACAUUAGAGGUUUGUACUGAUUAACAAAGGAUGUUCAAGAGCAAUGUUUUUAAAGUGUGCCUGCCAUUUUAUAGAGCAUAAAAUGAAAUCUAUACACAGGUAUGAGACUUGCUAACAAAUGUAUAGACUGGAAGUAAAACUUAUUGAAAAAUUUAUAUUUUUUUCCAACUAUCAGACAUCUAUUCCAAAGAAAUGACUCAUGUGGAGAUCAUUAGAGACCUCCUUUAGACAGUCCUCCUGCUUUCCAAGAAUAGCAAACAGUGCAUAUGCCGUUCUUGAAAUGGAUACUCCCUAGCCACUACUGGUGCUAGCUGGGGAGUAUAGGAGUGGAUUGACUGACGUCACUCAGUGUAGACACUAGCAUGCUGCUGUUGGAGUCAUGGAGAAGGUUUUAGUCAGGACAAAUCGAAUAAAAGAGCCGGCAGUCUCUGGGUGGUUUUACAAUAAAACUAAACAACUAAGAGCAAGACGUGGCAGCACUGGCUCAAAAUUGAGGUACACUUACAUUUUAAUAUAUUUUAUUGAAUACAUAAUGUAUCUUAUGAUAAAUGAUGUAUUCAGUGCACAAGGGUGUAUUUUUGAUUAAAGGGUUUCUCCGUGCAUUUAAAGUGGUCAUGGUGCCUAGAAUCAGUAUUUGCAGCAUUUCAGUGUGAAACACUGCAGAUAUGGAGUUAAACCCAUUUGUAUUUUCAUUCUGGGCUAGCUGCUGCCAGUUAUGUGCAAAUUGCCAUUCACUGGCUGGGAGUGGCCUCCGCAGAACCCAGAAGCUUAUCACCAGCGUUGAAUGGAACCUUGGAUCCCGUCUGGCUAAAUGGUUUGCACUAUUAAUGGAGAACCGGGCCAUGUUACUCCUGGCAUCAUAAAUAUAGUUUCAGUUCCCUGUUUUUCAAAAACAAAUAGAAGAACUAAAAAGGGCACACAAUUGAAUGAAAUUCACCUCUGAAGCAAAAAAAAAAGAGUUUUAUUGAGGUAGUAAUUUCAUAAAGUGUCUUAGUGAAGAAGCGUUAAGUCCAAUUAAAUUAGGCCACACUCCUUAUAAACUGACUAAGGAAUAGGGGCUAGUUACCAGCAGGCUGUAGUGGUUAGGAUUCUUGGAGUAACCCUUGAAGUGAACUAGUCUUGACACAAUUGUUUUAUUAUCUUGGGGAUUGUCCUCUGAUGUGUAUUGUUUGUCUCUAUUAAAUGAAUUUGAGCUAUAUAGAAUGGUAGAUAUACAAACACAUUUAAUAUUCAACAUAAAAUAAUUAAACCUGCAUGAAAAAAAAUAUCUUCAAGCAAAAUACGACGUGACCCCCAACUUUGCAUGCAUGCUGUUUCAGGUAGAUGUCAAAAACUAAGCUUUUGCUAGCCUUGCAGUCUAUUUUUACAUAUUUUAAUUAUAUAUUAUGUGACAGAUGUUCUCUGUGUGUUUAUGCAUGAACAGAAAAACACAAUCUGUAUUGAUUGUACUAAAUUAUAAAUUGGUACAUGGGUGAGACAGACACUGAGAGACAGGUUGACAUUGGGAGACCGCAAUAAUGGAAGACAGAGAGAGAGAGAAACUGAAGGCAGAAUUGUAGAGUGACCCAGAUUCUGAUGGGGAGACAGUCCGAAAACAGCAACAUACACUAUGGAAAUGGGAGCUUAUCACAUGUAAACUGACACUUAGCAUGACAGACAGAGACAGCACAAAAACCAGAUUAACACUGAGAGUCUGACGAAGAAAAAUUAUGUUUUUAUAUACCUUCAGUGAUAUUUGUGAUUGCUGCAUUCAUUGCAUACUGUGUAUUGGGGACCUCCCUGCACCAUAACCUAUGUAAAUAAAAAUUGUUUUGUUUUGUUUUUUAGUAUCUACUUUGCAACCUGUUGGUAUUUUCGUUUUACUAGUUACACACUAGUGAUCUAGUGGAAAAAAAUGUGUUUGUGUGUGUGUGUGUAUUUUCUUAAUCUGUUUGUAUUGUACUCCACUUUCUUUGAGUUGUAUUAAAAUGAUGCACUCAUACAGAUACCUCCCAACGUUGGAAGUACCGUACCGAAUGUGGAAUGUGAGUGGGGUGUGUAAAAGGGGCAAGUAACAUGUGGCUGACAGCUGGCCAGACCCAUCUUAGGAAUGUCCAUAUGUAGUAUUUUGUGUAGUUACUUCUCUAACAAUCUAUGUAUGUACAGCGUUUCAAAGCAAAAUAAUGUACAUCCAGGCACAAUGACCACUUCACAUCACUGAAAUGGUCAUGAUGUUUCGAGUAACCCUUUAAUCUAUACUAUCCCCAGUAGAGGGACAUCGGAGAGCUACCCGAGAUUGUGGUACAUGAAUCCAAUAUUGGGGCUGACCUACUUAAUCUAGGAUUGGUGGAAGGUAUGUGUGCACAUCAAACAAUCUGAGCUCCCAGAAUGGUUUAGGUUGGGUUUGGAGUCCAAUAAAAUGUCCUAAAGAGGAAAAUCUGGAUGAUUUGUUGUAAGAACGAUCUAAUCUGCUGCCUUUCUUUUGAAACAUUUUUGUCAUGUUGUGUGUAAGAUUCUAUUCUCUAUUCUGAAUUGUCUUUACGCUUGUUCUCCAUUUUAAAUUGCAGUGGUAGAAAUAUCGAACCUCAAGAGUGCAGCUAUGUCCUACAUCUUUGUGAAUGACUCCUCCCUAAACAACGUGCCCCUGCUACAGGCCUGUAUCGAUGGAGACUUCAACUACUCUAAGCGACUUUUGGAGAGCGGCUUUGACCCCAAUAUUCGUGACAUACGUGGACGCACCGGCUUGCACCUGGCGGCAGCCAGGGGGAAUGUAGACAUCUGUCAGCUCCUUCAUAAAUUUGGUGCUGAUCUGCUUGCUACAGAUUACCAAGGAAACACCGCCCUGCAUAUGUGUGGCCAUGUAGACACUAUUCAGUUCCUCGUUUCCAAUGGUCUAAAAAUUGAUAUUUGGUGAGUAUAAAUUUCAUGCUGAAGCUGGAAUAAUUAGCGUAAUUAAUAUUAGUAGGAUUUUUUUGUUAAAUAUAGCCACGAGGGGUUGAUGAUGUCAAGAUGAGAACAAGAAAAGAUGGGGUGAGGCUACAUGUGUUGGGAUUUAACUCUUAAGACUAAUAUUUUUAGUGCCCUCCAUUAAAUAUUAUAAUGUAUAUACUGAUGUGAUAUAUAUGGAGAAAAGUGGAGAACGCCUGAAGACAGAAAAAGAGGUGGUGGGGGACUGUUUGGAAGAGGACGUGUAAAAAAAUAAAUGCAGAUUGUUUUUGGUGCUUCCUGUGUCCAUUUUAAGUCUUAGAUUGGUUUCUUGUCUCUACUUCUACUCUGCUAAAUAAUAAUAAUAGUAGUAAAACAUCAGACCUGGUCCUCUGGUUUUAUUGCACGCUAUAUUUGCAGAUCACUUUGAAUAUUUUUUAAUAAGAUUUCUUAGUCCAGAUAACUUAUCUGAAUGGUUAAAGGUUUAUAGAUAUUUGCCUAAGCACCUGUCAGGAAGUGGAUUAAAUAAAAAGUUAGUGUCUCUUUUGGUAAAGACAGGAAUUGAUUUAAACGUCGCAGAUCACAUGUAACACCUUAUAGUGCAAUAGUGCAGUAUUUGUAUGAAUGUAGUAUACCAUGCAGAGAUUGGAGCCACAUCACAUGAAAUACUACUGAACUCAGGAACUAUAUCCAUCAGUCUUUACAAAUGUUAUUUUAAAAAACGACCGUGUUUAGUUUAUGUAUCAGGUAGUUUUACUCGCAAAUAUAUAGAUUGUAAAUCUAAUUACAUUUGACUUUACGCCUUUGUACUGUGGACUUCUAUAGUCAGAGCAUGUAAACCAAGUACUGUGUGAAGCCAGGGAGAAUGAUUAUGAACAGAUGACAAAAUAAGGUUUAAGAUUACUCCCCAUACCUUAACUAAACCAUCUCCAAAUUCCCAAAUAGACUUUACAUUAAAGGAUUUUUAAUUGUAUAUUUCCAUAUCCCCUAUGUUUAACAGAUUCUGUAUUUAACAAAUAUCUUUAAAAAAAUAAAAUGUAAACAUAGAAAUCCAAGCCUCUUUAAUCCUCAGCUGGGUGCCUCCAUCUUGGCUUCCUGUCAAUCAUUGUUAUUAUAAUUUUUAUUAUAAUUGACAUUUAUAUAGCACCAUCUUAUUCGGCAGCAGUAUUUUAAAGGGGAAAUUGUAACAAUAAAUGAGACAAUUACAAAAUGUUACAGGAACAAUAGGUGCUAAAAAUUACCCGGCUGGGAGGAGAGGUCACUGACGGCAGUGAGGGAGCUCAGUCUGUUAUUACUGUUCCUCACUGCUCACACUUGUGCGCCCUCUGUGGUGAUGCUGGGUCCUGAAAUAUGACGUCAUUCCGGCCCGGCAUCACUAAACUAACGCGCGUGAGUGACCAGUGAGGAGCAGGCUGGGAGACCUCUGGGAGAGGCCCCACACUACCUCCUAAAGGUAGGGAGCAAUAAGUAAAAUGAUUUGUGAGUGUGUGCAAGAAUGUGUAAAUGUGUGUCUGCCUGUCUGUGAGUGAGUCUGUGUGUGUGUGUGUGUGUGUUGCGAUGGCCGCAACUGGACAGUGGAGGACCUGGAGGUGCACGGAGGCAUGCAACGCAAUGUCACAUUCAGACAUGACGUCAACGUGCUCCACCUUUUCAAGGUUUCAAGUAGAGGGAGGAUCCACUUUGGCACAGGGUGCGGACGGUGCCAUUGGGGGUAUACCAGAGGCUGUACUCUGGAAUCGCAUACUGACAGCGGCAUUGUGAGUGGAGUCUGCUUGUUAGCUAAUAUUGUUUUGGUUUUUUUAAACAGGGGGUGGGGUUUGGGGGACGACGACUGGAAUUUAGUAUAGAGGGGGAGAGUGGAAUUUAGUAUAGAGAGGGGAGAGUGGAAUGAGUAUAGGAGAGGGAUUUAGUAUAGGGGGGACUGGGGUUUAGUAUAGGGGAGAGUGGGGGUGGGGAGAGGGGUUUAAUAUAGGGGGUUUAGUAUAGAGGGGGGACUGGGGUUUAGUAUAGAGGGGGACUGGGGUUUAGUAUAGAGGGGAGAGAGGGAUUUAGUAUAGGGGGUUUAGUAUAGAGAGAGGACUUUAGUAUAGAGGGGGGAGAGUGGGGUUUAGAGGGGACUGGGGUUUAGUAUAGGGGGGACUGGGGUUUAGUAGGGGAGAGGGCUUAGUAUAGAGGGGAGAGUGAGGUUUAGUAUAGGGAGAGUGGGUGAGGUUUAGUAUAGAGGGAGAGUGGGGGUUUAGUAUAGAGGGGAGAGUGGGGUUUAGUAUAGAGGGGGAGAUGGGUUUAGUAUAGAGGGGGGACUGGGGUUUGCUAUAGAGGGGAGGGUGGGGGGUUUAGUAUAGGGGGAGAGGAUUUAGUAGGGUUUAGUAUAGAGGGGGAGAGUGGAUUUAGUAUAGAGGGGAGAGUGGGGUUUAGUAUAGAGGGGGACUGUGGUUUAGUAUAGGGGUUUAGUAUAGAGGGGGGGACUGGGUUUAGUAUAGAGGGGGGACUGGGGUUUAGUAUAGAGGGGAGAGGGAUUUAGUAUAGAGGGGGAGAGUGGGGAUUUAGUAUAGAGGGGAGAGUGGGAUUUAGCAGAGGGGGAGAGGGGGGUUUAGUAUAGAGAGGGGGCUGGGGUUUAGUAUAGAGGGGGAGAGUGGGGUUUAGUAUAGAGGGGGAGAGUGGGGUUUAGUGUAGAGGGGGAGAGUGGGGUUUAGUGUAGAGGGGGAGAGUGGGGUUUAGUGUAGAGGGGGAGAGUGGGGUUUAGUGUAGAGGGGGAGAGUGGGGUUUAGUAGAGGGAAUAUUUUCUUUAUACUGUACUUUUCAAAAUAAACCUACAUUUCUAUGAAGAUUUAAGUUUGUUUUUUUGCGGCCCACAUAAACUUAGACCUUGUUUAUUUGGCCCGUGCUAGCCUUUGAGUUUUACAUGCUUGAUCUAGAGAUAUAAGCUAAGCCCUGAGAGCAGAAAUUGAACUGUAUAUCUGUUUUGUUUUUGUUUUUCUCAUCAUUUGUAAUGUGUGCCUGGACUGAAAAAAGUGUGAUGUCACUUGCUAAAUAGUUAUUUCUAAUGUUUUAUUCAUUAGUGUAAUUUCCGUAGAAAUCAUGAAUGUGUGUAAUGUUGUAUGAAUUUUUUUUUAAUUGUUUAUAUUGUAUUCAUAUAGUUGACUAUUAAACCUCCACCAAAGGAGUAUUUCAUGCACAUUAGCCAUUACAGCUUGCUGCAGUUGUUCUGGUACUGGGUCGGCUUGGCGACCCCAUUGUUAGUAGUCAAGCCAUCGUUGAUUGGUUUGAUUUCGAAGGCAGGGAGCAGCACCCCGCACACUAAAGGUUAGAAACAAAACCAAGUCAAAAGUCAAAAACUGUUUUACUACUUAAAUUGAGGAGGCAGUGCUCUAAUGGCACCAUAAGUUGUAGUGGUUAUGGUGCUUGCAGUGUUCCUUUAACAAGAGAAUUAAUGGAAAUUAUUCUUUUAUUUUUAUUUCUCUAGAAACUAUAUUUGCUCAAGGAUGGUUAUGUCAUGAGUGUGUCGCUUGAGGUUGAGUUCAAUACACCAGUGGAGCAGAAACCAUGCUGCAUCAUACAUAGUAUAACGCCAGGUUGUCUUUAUAUUUGAUUCCCACUGCAUUCUCUUUAUACGGUUCUGUUUUUUUGUUUUUUUUUACUUUAGCAAUCACCAAGGUGCAACUCCCCUUGUCCUGGCAAAGCGCAGGGGAGUGAAUAAGGAAGUGAUUCGCAUGCUUGAGUCCUUGGAGGAACAGGAAGUCAAAGGCUUUAACAGGGGUACUCACUCAAAGCUAGAGGCCAUGCAGACGGCUGAAAGCGAAAGGUAUGUCCAAUGCUCUGAGCUUCUCAUGGAAAAGGGACACAGCACUCUGUCCGAAGGAUCCACUGAGGAAGAUUGGUAUGUUGGGAGCAGUUUAUAUUCUUUAUUGAUUAUGUCUAAGAACACCCUGUAUUGACUGUGUUUUAUGAAAUCUGCUAACUCUCUCUGUGCAGAUAUAAAGCUGUGGUCACCUUUAAACAAAAAUUCACAUUCUGGUUUAUUUUACUAAACUUAGGUCUUGUCGACAGCCUCCUUCCUUUUAAGACUUCUGGUUUCUUUAGAUUCUUAGCUUGUUUGGGCAGGGCCCUCUACUGUUCCCAAAUGUCAAACAUGUUUUGUUAAAAUUAAAUGUUUGCCUUGUCUACCUAUUGUACAGCCCUGAGGAAUAUGUUAAAGCCAUAUAAAUAAUUGUAAUUUGUAACGGCACCCCGGGCAUAAAAUGGGUUAAACCGCCGUUUAGUAGAUCUUCCCUUCCAGAGACACAGGCACAGCUACUGUAGACACCAAUCCACCGACCCGGAGAAGCACAUGAAUGCCGUAAACAGCUGAACCAGAACCACACGAAUGCUGUAAACAGCUGAAUAGGAAAAACCAUACAAAUAGGUUUACACUCCUAGCAGUCAAACUGGAACAGCAUACAGUAAAUCCCCCCAAGAACGAGACAAAGCUCCAUGUUGAGGGUCAAGCAGUGAACAGUCAGAGCUGUGGGUUUAUUGUUCUUAUAUACACAUUAGUACCACCCACCGGGUUUUGGAAAACAACCAAUAAACACGUACAAUACACUCAGACACUCCCACACAAAAUCCUCCCCUCUGCCUGUGAUACAAUUACCUUACACAAUGGGUAAUAUAAUUAUCACAGACAGAUAAAUUAAAAUUUUUCCACAUUAUUCAUAACUUUAAAAGUAUUCAUCACAUUCACAUAAAACUUACAUUUUCAGAAUCCGCAUACUCCAAAUACGAACAUAUGUCAAAAUCAUCCACAUUGGUCCAUUGGUUCGAAAGAUAGAUCAAAGUCCUUUGUGACCAAAGGAAGCAUGGCUUUUCUGCCCAAAACCAGUUCCACAGAGUCUUCUAUCCUGGAGAUAAUUGGGAAGUAAUCCAAUUAUCUCCAAGGACAGAAGCAAAACUCCAUUAAGCACAUGGCAGUAACAAGACAGUAAAAUACAAUAAAAUACACAAGGUUACAUUUAUUACAUAAAAUAUAGACAUGCAACAUAUCCCCAGAUAGCUUAGGUCUGAGCACACAUUAUUACUGAAUGGCACUCAGACCACACACAUACAGUUAAAUUGCCAUGGAGCCAAAGUCUUUCCCAUAGUCUUUCAUUAUACGAAUGGGCUCCAUGGCAUAGUUAUCUGGGGUAUCACCGCUCAAACAGGGCAAGCACCGAAUGACCCGGCUUUCAUGUCUUUGCAGGGGAAAAUCAAGCAUUUCAACAUGGGACCAUAGUCUAAAGGCAGCAGGCGGGCAACCAGGCUCCUCCAAUGCACAGUGGCGAGAUUGGUCUUGUCACAUAAUUAUAUUAUCACCCUGCUAGAAAAGCUAGUCGUUCAGUUCCCUUCCUUAAUGCCACUGCUUUCAGUUUUGUGUAUACAAUGCUUACUGUCCCUCUUCCCCAUCCCAAGUAGAGUGAAGGUAGUAAGGAAGGAACAUGUAUGUUCAGACGGUGAGAGAUACAGGGGAUUUAUGUGUGUGGAAAGAAUAGCAUGAAAGUAAGUUGACUAGGAAGGUAUAGGGUCCCUGCAUGAUUCCCAAUCAGAAGUUAAAGGAACACUAUAGUGUUAGGAAUACAAAGAACUAUCUAUAGUGUAUUCAGCCCCCAGUGCCCCCCCCCUCCACUGCACAUAAAUACCAGCUGUUAAUAAUCAUCUGUUCUAGGGAAUCACUGUAUUUCUUAAGUGCAGACAUCACUGGGGUUAAAGGAAGCUUCUCACGCUUAUUACAAAAAAAAAUAAAAAAAAUAUCUCUGUAGACAAUGAAAAACUUACACUAAGUGAGGAGCACAGAAAUUUAAAUGUACCUUAAGGAGAUGCACAAGCAGGCACUGUGACUGCUUGAGACGUCAAACAAAGUGGAACUGCUUAAAGGACCACUAUAGUGCCAGGAAAAUAUACUCGUUUUCCCUCAGGGUCCCACUCCCACCGGGCUGGAUGGAGAGGAAGGGGUCAAACACUUACCUUUCUCCAGCGUCGGGCCCCCUCGGCGCUGGGGAAUCUCCUCCUCCUUUCCCCGUCAUCGGCUGAAUGCGCAGCCGCGCGUGCAAUCAGCCAGUCUCAUAGGAAAGCAUUCUCAAUGCUUUCCUAUGGGCGCUGGCGUCUUCUCAUUGUGAAAAGCACAGUUCUCUGAAACUGCUAUGUUUACAGCAGAAAGGGUUAAUCCUAGGUGGACCUGGCACCCAGACCACUUAAUUUAGCUGAAGUGGUCUGGGUGACUAUAGUGGUCCUUUAAUUCCUCCAUAAUGAGAAGAAUCCAAGAAAACAAGGGAAAAAAGGGAUCUUUAGUAAAAUAAAGUAACAUUACCGCUUGGUCAUACAGGGGGACGUACUGAAUCAAACCUGACGCGAUUCAUGCUUACUCUGGAACAUCCUCAGAGACCUCCGGCCCUGUUUGCCUCAUUAUAAAUGUUGUAUUCAUAUAUACCUAACACACUUUACUGUAUAUUAUACUGGCAAAUAUUGUAUUCUUUUAAUAUUGUGAAAGCUUCAUUUGUCAGGAGGGUGUAGUUCACUUGUCCGCUUUGAACAUUAAAAAGCUGAUUGCUAAACUGAAAACUCCCAGAAACGCCUGAUAUGUAGCUUUCCCUCACUGGCAUAUUUCUGUGAGGGAGAGGGCUUAUACCUGCAGUGAUAUUUGCUUGUUAUUAUUACACAUAAAGAUGAACAAAUGUUUGUUAAUCCACUAUACAUUUUUAUCAGGUAGGAAAGAAAUUGAACAUUUUACUUCUAGUGAAAGGUAAACAUUAGACAGGAUUUCCUGUUAAAAGGGUAGUUGGUGCCGAUUUCAAGUAAGCUUGUAUAAUCAGACGUAAAUAGUGCCCUUAAUUGACAAAAAAUGGUCAUUCAUCCCUUGCUGUAAAGGAAAAUAGACCUAUUAUUAUUCACAGUGAAAGUGACCUUUGUGUACUCUUGGUUACACAUUAACUUCCAGACGAGGAUUUGUCGUUCUACUUACAUAAUCUUAUCGUUAUUGUACAGACUCUGCUUCAUAUAUACAUACUUUAUAUUGAGAAAUGCAAUAUAUGUUUAAUUUAACCAAGGGGCUUAAAGGCAAUUCAUCAUAGGAUUAGUAUUUCAAUUACAAUUUAUGGGUUAUCUGUUGUCUAUAUCUGAUGUAACCUUUCAAAGAGGCAUUUAAAGGGACACGUUGGUUUUCUUAACUACUGGAUCCCUAAUAUGUUUGCAAGUGACCUUUUAAAUGUUAUAUGUCCUUGUUUUACCCUUCAUACCUUUUAUAUUGGAGUAUGUUUGCAUUGUCAGCCCUAGUUGUUUGUUGAAUUUAAGCCCAGUCCUUAGUGCGGAGCAUGCCAACCUGGUUAUCAUUGAAACUAAAAGAUUACAUUAUUAUUCAUUUUGUUAUAAAGUGGCAACAUAUUCCAUAGCGCAGUACAGUGUAGACAAACCAAUAUAAAAGGACCCUGCCCAUGAGGGAUUAAGAGAUCUAGCAUUACGAGCCUUUUCGCACAAAGUACUAACAACCCUUGUCCAGCUUAGACAGCAAUGAUAGGCCGAGAGCAUUGGUAUAACCCACUUAGUCUCCUGUUUCUGCCGUGAUCAGAUGUUUUUCACUUCGUAAUGCAGAAGUAGGAUUUCCACUUUGUUUAUUUGACAGAUCUUUGUAGUGGUAUUAUCUAUGCAACUGCAGAACGGGAAGGCAGUGGCUGCUGGGGAGUGCUCCAGUUUUUGUCAGACCACUCCAAAACAUUUGACACAAAGUCAGGAUAUGGUGCCCAAAUAGGCCUAGAGCAGCUAAAGCUCUACAAUUAUGUUGCCACACUAGUCUCCGCAGAAAGGCAUAGUCUUGCUUCAUAUUUUUAUAUAAUUGUUGGCCUGUCUGUUUAUCAUGAAAGAACAGACUGCUGCUUUGCCAUAACAAAGGCCACGUGACAGUCCUGCAGACAUAAACAAGAAAUGCUGUGUUUCACAAGUGUAGACUGACAGGCAGAGAAUGAUUUUUAAAGGUCGGGGAAUCUUAUCUGUUUGGCCUGUCUUGUAAACAAGUGAUGUAAAAAAAAAAAUGUUUGAAAAUGUCUUUCUUUCUUAGUCUUGAAGGGAUGAUCUUCUGCAGAAACGUUUGUGUACCAUAGAGUAGUGUCGGGAAAAGAUCUCCUUUUUUUUCUUUCAUUUAACAUUCGUUUGUUAUUAACAAAUUACAUAAUGCCAUGUCUUAUUCUAUGUAGCUGCUCUGCUUGGUAUUAACACUCACAUAACCUAUUUAAUCUUGAAGUGGCUCUCUGGAUACCAUAACCACUUCAGUUAAAGUGAUUAUUGUCUCAAUCUUCAAACCAGCAAUUUUAUCUUAAUCUAGUUUUUUCAAACUCACCAAAUCGAUUGUAUUGCUCCACCUACAACCUUUUCAGUUGCAUACCAUCAAGUGUGGACUUGUCAUUAGGCAGAGUGGGCACCUGCCUAGAAUUUGCAGAAAAGGAAGUGUAAACAUUACAUGAUUCUUUACAGGAAGUGUUUAGGAAUGCUAUGUAAGUCACAUGCAGAGUGGUGUGACUAGGGCUGCAUAAACAAAGUGAUUUAACUCCUAAAUGGCAGAGAAUUGACCAGUGAGACUUUAGAAGCAUGAUCUAAGUUGUUUCACUGACUAUAGUGUCUCUUUAAAUUUAAAAUUCACUUUGAAUUUGUACUUUAGUUAAAAAAAAAUCACUAACCCUUACCACUUUUCACAUUAUUUUUGACUAUGCAUGUAUUUACACAGCUACACACACUCACUAUAUUCACAGAUUCAACCACAAUACAGUAAAAGUAGAAAUAUAAACAUUUGCUGUUAACAAAACUGGAUAUGGGUUUUUUUUUUUUUCUUUCUGUUAUGCUUAUAUUGUCCAUUUAAUAAAUUCAUUAAAUUCACUUUAUCAGUUUGAUAUAUAAAACAAAAAGCUCUAUAAACUGAAGUGGUUACAGUGCCAGAGUGUCCGUUUAAUAAAUAAACCCAGCAAUGUAAAUGAGUAAAUAGGUGGGUAGAGAUUUCAUUUUUACUUUUGUGUUUGUUAAAGGACCACUCUAGGCACCCAGACCACUUCAGCUUAAUGAAGUGGUCUGGGUGCCAGGUACCUCUAGGAUUAACCCUUUUUUUUUAUAAACCUAGCAGUUUCAGAGAAACUGCUAUGUUUAUACUGAGGGUUAAUCCAGCCUCCAGAGCCUCUAGUGGCUGUCUCAUUGACAGCCACUAGAGGCGCUUGCAUGCUGCUCACUGUGAAAAUCACAGUGAGAGCACGCAAGCGUCCAUAGGAAAGCAUUGUAAAUGCUUUCCUAUGCGACCGGCUGAAUGUGUGCGCGGCUCCUGCCGCGCAUGCGCAUUCAGCCGAUGACGUCGCGAGCAAGGAGGAGAGUAGGAGUACAGCUCCCCGCCCGGCGCUGGAGAAAGGUAAGUGUUUAGCCCCUUCCUCUCUCCAGAGCCCGGCGGGAGGGGGUCCCUCAGGGCACUAUAGUGCCAGGAAAACGAGUAUGUUUUCCUGGCACUAUAGUGGUCCUUUAACCAAAUUACAGCACAGAUCACUCCCUCUGCUAAUUUACAAACAACUGUGGCUAUUGUAUACAGUAUAUAUUUCAUAUUAUAAAGAAAGAGAAUGUACUGGACUAAUAUCCGUACAAUCUUUAAGUCUCUUGUCCGGAAAAGAUGCUUUUGAGAAACUGUCUGAAACGGAUGUGGUCCAUAGUUGCUCGAUCCAUUUUCAUAGAGCCGCAUAGAUAAAAUGAAAGCAUGAAAUUUAACAUAUAUGCCUGUGUAGAAUGAAGAAUAGACUUCACAAAAAUAGAUGCAUAAUAUGUAUCAGUACAGUAGCACAUAUAGCAGGUGAGUAUUAUAGUGGAUCAAUAAAAAGCAGAAUUUAUGUUCUAAAAUAUAAUUAUUGAACACUAUGUACCACAUGAGUCAUAAAAACCCAUCUGUCACAUAUAAAUAGAUCAGUUUUAUGAAAUUAGAAAAUAAUUGAUCUAAUGGUUUGUUAAAGGGACACUACAUUGCCUAAAUACAAAUGAAAACUUGCAUGCAUUUAAUUUUGCUUUUUAUCAUUGGAGUUAUAUCUAAAAACAUCUUGCAAAGACUGCAGAUCUCUUGUUUGCUGCCUUUUGUAAGCCCUCUAACGAGGAAGUAAAAGGACGUGUUGUGUACUUGAAAAGCAAGAGUGUGUAACCAGUAUAAAUUAUAACGGUGUCAAUUUAUAUUGAAAUCUAAACAAUUUAAAAAUGAAAAAAGAGGACACACUCUUCACACACAAAGCUUUUCAGCAAGUCAGCAAGCUAGAGUGCUUUAGGGGUCUGGAGUGUCCCGUUAUCUAAGAUCUAAUAAAUGGCACAUUCAGUGUUCUCUAAGAAUGUUCCUGUUCGCUUGUAGUUUGGAGCAGAGUAUGAUAGAUACUUGUGCUGAGCAUUGAUGAACUCUUAGCGUGGAUACUCAAAUACAAUUAAUCUCUUUGAAUUAUUUUUGAACAUGACCAGGUGAUCUCAUAAAAUCUGGCCAUACAAUUGCCAAGUGUUCAGUUUAUUAGACAAACACUAAAUUCUAGAAAAUUCAGUUAAAGAAUAUUUCCAAAUCCGUGCUUUUGCUUUUUGAAACUGAGAUUUUAAUUUCCUCUAAUUUGGGGUUUAGCGAAUAAGCUGGAUAAUGUUGUUCUGUGGAUUUAUUAUGUAUACUGUACUUUCUUCUAUUGGAUAUGUGUUUUACCAAUCUGUUCCCUUCUCUUACAGUGCCAUGGAAAGUCAUUCCCUCCUGAAUCCAAACCUUCAGCAAGGGGAAGGGGUCCUCUCUAGUUUCCGCACCACUUGGCAGGAGUUUGUAGAGGACCUAGGGUUCUGGAGAGUGCUUCUUCUCCUUAUCGUCAUUGCUUUACUUUCCCUUGGAAUAGCAUACUACGUUAGCGGUGUUCUUCCAUUUGUAGAAAAUCAGCCUGAACUAGUCCACUAAAACACGGGCUGAGCUCUUACGAGCAUUCCUCUAUUCAUUACUUUUCAAAGCAGUGGUAUCUAUAUGUACUGCAUAUAUAGCUAGACCCACUUCUCAUCACCCCUAACUCAUUUGGAACAAACUGCUUGUUCUCAGAAGAUUCUGGAUGGAUAUUUCCUGGGGUGUCUUCUUAAAGACUAUUGUUUAUAGAGGGCUGGAGAGAAAGCAGUGAAGCUCCAAGCCACUUAAUUCUGUGGUUUGCUUUAUGUUUAUCAGAAUAUGUGUCAUGAGACUGUUGAUCUUUGGACUGCUGUUGAGGCGCAAAUAUUUUUUUUUGUUCUUUCUUUCUUUUUUGAGUAAGGAUCAAAAAGUUCAAAAGUUCCACUUUCAGAUUUCAAAAAGUAAUUUAGAUUUAUUGUAACUGACACUUAGCUCCAUGUCAGGUGUAGUCUAAGUAGAAGCAAGUUAAGUUCAAUGUUUUUGUUUUAUUUGUAUUCAGUUCAUUUUCUUCUUGAUAAACUUAGUCCCUCGAGCCAGUACAUUAGUAAAAUGCAUUGCUCUGUCGAAGUUUCAUUUCUGUAUAUCUCAUUGAAUUCCUUUGAAUGGAAUGUUUUAAGAUAUAUGAGAAAUGUGUGCAGUUUAAGAUAACAUUCCAUAAGUACCUAAGUAGCUCCAUUUGUAGAUCUAAAUGAGUUAACGGCUGAAAUACUCAAGAGGAAGUAAUAGACGUUUUGAGUGUGUGUGUAUAUAUAUAUAUAUAUCAGUUUGUCUCUAAAUAAGACUUUAAAAUGAAUGAAAGACGUAGAAAUAUAUUGUUGCAUAAUGCAAGAGACAGCGUUACCAUUUCUAAAACUGAUCCGCGAUUAUGAAUUUUCUUUAGUCUGAUUUCACAUCUUUUCAGCCAUGGAAACUGUCAAUGAUAGGAGACAGCAGGAGUGUUUAAAACGUGGUACAUACCUGAUACCUCACAUAAUUCACAAAUUCUGAUGAGAAAUGAAUAAUACAACUAGAAAUGGCUUUAUUCUAAAAGCUUAAAAUUGUUUUAGUCCAAGUGAUACAACAACCCCCCCCCCCACCCCUCCCGCCCUCCAUUUCUGAUACAUUUAAUGAUGUAUUUACUACCUAUGUGCUAAAAGCUAUGUGCAGGAUAUAACUGCCCUCAUUUAUGCACAGCUGAUUUAUAAAACAUGCAGAACUGCCCCAGGAAUCAGAUCUUAUCUGCCAAUGACUUCAGUAUUUUGUUUCACACCGCGUGCCUUUCAAUGAGAACACGCCACUUGAUAAAAUCCGUAUACUAUAUCAUAGGACCUUGGCUGUCCUGGAUUCUUGCAGGCCAAGCUCUUUACUGAAAUAGUGUUUUGUGAAAUCUAUUUCUGUUGUACAGUCUUAGCAUUCUCGUUCCCUCGAACAGUUGCCGCAUUCAUUGAUGACAUUGAAUAGAAGUACCAAUACUUUAGAAAAAGGCAAUUGUAUCAAACAAUGCAGGGGGGUGCCUUUAAAUCAGACAAAACAUGCAUAGUAUGUGGUUCCCCACUCUCUCUGAAAAUAAAAAGAUUGCGUAAACCUGGCCUACAGGCUGAUGUGCAUGUUUAAAGUUGCAGUGUUUGUAUAAUGUAGCAUUAUAGAAGUUAAUGGCGGCUGUUUUUGUUUUCAUUUUUUUAUUUUGCUGUAUUGUAACGGUCCAUUUUUCUUUGCAGGUAUUUUUGUUUUCCUGAGUUUUUGUUCUUGUUUGUUGUAUUAAUGUGUAACAAGCUAUUUUGCAACUGAAUUAUUCGUAAAGUACAGCUACGUGGUCAUUGAAUUUUCAAUAAUAUUACAAUGGUUUUCUCAUAAUUCUAGAAUCCUGUAAUGGUUUUCUCAUAAUUCUAGAAUCCUGUAGUGUGCUAUUCAGGCCUUCACUCGUAAUUAAUUGCAUUAGAGCAGACUUUGGUUGACCUGAGCAUAAUGGCAGUUGUUGGGUAUCGGUAAGACAGCUGUUAAGCAGAGGUUGCCAUUCUAUGCCAUAGAGAAUGCCAUUGGAAUACUUAAAAAUAGUUAUUUAUCAAUGGUUAUUAAUCAUUAUGAACUUAAGAAUGUCUCAGAAAGGUGUUUUAAAAAACCAAUUUGACAUGUUGUAUUGUAAUGUAUGUAUUAAAUGAGUAAUUAUACUAAUUUAGGAUUUUUAUUUCUUUUCAGUUGUAAUCCAUCCAAGGUUGUUGUUGUUGUUUUUUGGUUUGUUUGUUUUUUCACUUCAGUAUUGAACAUAUACCAUUCUUUGACAUGUUUAUUUGCAUAAAUAACAUUAAAAUAUUGUAUUCACGA